AUGAAGUUUUCUGCUAGUAGCAUCAUUACUCUUCUCGCUAUUGCAGCUACCGACGUCGUUGCUGCGCCUGCCACUGGCGGAGGCAGCGUUGACCCAGUGUCCGAGACAGCUCCAGACUCAACACCUGCUUUCUUCUCUACUGAAGAAGAGCCAAUGGACGACAACGACGGCGGCGACGAGCCUGUCCUUCGCGGUGCACUGGCAUGCCACGGCGCCGGCACCCUUGUACGCAAAGAUGCAUCAGAGGGGCAGACAUUCAGUGCCAGAGAGCUUGUUCCUAAGCACACGCUUCAGCGGCACCAGCACAAAAGCAGGCUAGUAGUCGGCAGCGAGUACAUAGGCGAGGAACCAUGA